GUGUGAAUGAGCUACAGUCUUACGAAGCCUUUAAGACAUCUGAUCAGUGUUGUAGGAGCGCAGUCUCUUCUAGAAUAUUCUCUCUCAACCAGUGUUACAUGACCACAAUACAAGGGCAUUUUACCUUUAUCAACAGUCGUUAGCAUUGCUCAGUUUGGCUUUGACCCAUUUACUGCUUGAAAACAUUCAAGGCUGUCUGUUGGCACAGUCUUGCGUCAACUGCAGUCUUGGCCUCGACUGAGACUGUCUGAAAAGGACUGUCAGGAAGGGGAAUUUAUAGCAUUUGUUUCCUGAAACAGGCUUCAUUCCUGCCCUCACGCUGGGGAAGGCAAAACAGACGCGUCUCAGUCCCUCCUGCCCUCUACAUUCUCUUACCUCUCAAGUCCUCCGGAGGGUCCGUCUACAGGCAUCAAUUAUGCAUCUGAAAACGAUGAAGUGCAACCCUUUCUGCCUUAUCGCUUCCUUAGGGGAUCCAGAUAUUUUUAACAGCCCUGUGGAGAGGACCAGUUUCGAGGAGCUGUUCCAUGCCUUUGACAGCAACGUCACCUUUCAGUAUUUUAAGAGUUUCCGUCGGGCGAGAAUUAAUUUUACCGAUGCUAUGGCAGCUGCGGAGGCAAGAGCAAAACUCCACAAAAGUGAUUUUAAUGGCAGGGAGGUGCGACUCUGUUUUGCCAAGUCCGUGCACAUUGGCAGUCCACGCCUUGAACCUCCUAAACCAGAUAAGCAGUUCCUCCUCUCCCCUCCUCCAUCACCUCCUGUAGGUUGGGAGCAGUCCAAGGACACCACACCUGUACUUAACUAUGACCUUCUGUGUGCCAUCACCAGACUUGGGCAAGGUGAAAAGUAUGAACUCCAACCAGGAACUCCCACUACUCCCAGUGUAGUGGUUCAUGUGUGUGAGAGUGACCAAGACAGCUCAGGAAAUGAGGAUAUGAUGGGUGGCCAGCGUCCCCAUCCGAAAAUCAUCCAGACCCGUCGACCAGAAUACACUUCCUCUGUCAUGCAUUGAGCCUUUGGAACCACUCGUUGUUCCAUAAUCUUUAGUAUCACAGGGCCCUCUGGAGGAUCUGCCAUGACAUGCUGUUGGUCCUCCACACCAAUAGAGGAUGCCUUAAGACAGAACCUAGUCCUGUGGAGAGAGACAUAAUGUAUAUGUCCACCACCCUACGGGGCAAAUGGUUUCAUUGCAUGCGUUCGCUGGUAGAGUGACUCAUUUAUCUGCAGUAAAAUGUCUGGGGGUUUUCAAGAGUGCUUUCAUUGGUAACUGUGGCCAAGGGGAGCACAAGUCUCCUAUUGUGUAGUUUUUUGUAUCUUGGGAAGCAUGUUGUAUCCCAGUCAGUGCGUGUGUUGUUAAUACGAUUUUGUAUUUCCUUUAGUUUUAUUUGACACUUUCAGACGCUUAAUUCUUAGUUUAAUUAACAAUCUUAUAUACUCAUGAGCACUAUUGAAUUGAGAAAUUGAAUGAGAGUAAAUGUUGAGGGGAAUAUCUUUUUUGUCCUAAAAUUGACACCUGUAAGUCUUGUUCCACCCUGUGCCUCAACAUGUUCCAAAAUUACAGAUUAUAAUUAAGUGCUACAAUAUGACUGACAGUACUUUGAGUUAGAUAUUGUAUUUGUCCAAUUAUCUGUUUUCUUUGAUACAAUGCUUACAAUUUUCUUUAUUAUUCUGGGGUAAGUUGAGUUAUGGUAAUGAGUGUUCAAUGUUGCAAUGUUUUUAACUACACUGACUGAAAUUUGAAAAGACAGAAAUAUCAGUUAGACAUCUUGGCCCUUGAAGUAAUUCCUAAGUUUUCUUACUAAAUGGCAUGAUCUUCAAUUUCAUCCACUUCAGUUGUUUUUAUCAUGUAGGACCAUAACACUGUAAUUAAUUUGUCAGUCUUGAUGAAGAACUGUUCACUUUGGUACCAGGAAAGCGGCAAUUUAUUUUAUAACAUGGAGUUUAAUAAUGUAUUUCUGAUGUCUUUUACGGUUUAUGUCUGUGUGUGUGUGUGUGUGUGUGUGUGUGUGUAUAUAUAUAUAUAUAUAUAUAUAUGCUGUAUAUAUAUAUUUUUUUUUUUACUUGUUUUGAAAAUGACUUUACUUGGUGAUGGCUUGGGUGAUUACCCUGUUGUACAUAAAUCAUAAACAGCCAUAACCUGACAUUAAAAGUUUUUCCUCAACAAGUUGUGCUGUGUCCUUUUCUGGCACCCUUUCCCCCAUUGGAACAACUGUAUUUUAGUCUGUGAUAUUGUGAGUGUUCUGACUUUUGCCCACAUGCCUCUAGAUUUUUAUGCAUUUAGCCUUUUAAAAAAGAUGACUCGGCAUUCAUCCUGCAUGCUGGUAUUGCAAUAAUGACGCAAGUUAAGGAUUUUUCAAGGUGAUGUCUUUUUUUUUUUUUUUUGCCUUGGAAUAGAAUCCAUGAGUCUCAAAUGCCUGCCUCAAUGUACACCAUUGUUCCCUCAUGAGUGUGGAGUUAUUCACCAUCAAGGUCAAGUUCAUAGUCGAUAGAAAUAUUUACAGUUUGCUGAUGCUCAAUGACUCAUACUCCCC